UAUCGGAUGUAUGUUAGUAGUCAGCCAUAGCUAUCCACUAUUGAUAUAGCCGCUGUAGCUUAUUUGCCUUCUUUUACCCUCAGCGCAAACAGACCCAUCACUUAAGAUAGCUGCAAGUUCCACUUUUAUGCGACAUCAUUCACGAAUUAGUGUUGAGAAGCAUAAGAUGGCUCCCAAACCUAUGGAACCCUUUGCUAGAAAAGUGUUCAGAGGGGUGUUAGUGUUAGAGCUGGCUGGAGUAGUUGGAGCUUACCUGCUGUUUCAGGGGAUGGACGCAAGCAGAGAUUUCAGGAAUACUAUGCACAGACGUUUCCCAUCCGUUCUAGAAGUCUAUUACAAGAGCAACGAGUGGGCAGGGAUCUACGGCAUUCGGGAGGCUGACAUGGACGCCUGGGCUGCCAAGAAGUCCUAGAGGGUCUUCAUGUCUCUCCCUCGGAUCCAGGCGUCUCUCUGGGCCUCCCAUUUCAGCUGCUUCAGGCCUGGUGAGGAGAGAGGGGAGGAGAGAGGGGGGAGAGAGCAGAGAUCAUGGAGUGAAAAAGGAGGAUGGCUCACAGCCUGGUGUAAGAAAAGGAGGAUUCUGGACUAUCUUUGCAGGGGAAGUACUGUGGACUCUGUCUGGACAUGCAGUGAAUGAACAUUCUGAAAUUCUCACACGGACCUCAGUGGAACUUGAUUAUGGCUAGCAUCUAGCCGGGAGAAUAAAGUCUGUAAAAUUCCAGCAGUUACACGGUGUCCCGAGUUCUCACAGUAAGCUUGCAAGAUCUGCAGAUCAGUGCUGACUGCCCUGCUUACAUUACAUUAUUGUCAGUUAGCAGACACUCUU